CCACAAUUCCCUCAUGAGUGCAUCACAUCAUUAACUUCAAUGUUCUAUAAGUUUUGAGAACUGAAACCAGUGUGCAUUCAUAUAUUCAUAAGAUAUUAUAUUACGAAGAACCUAGGAAUGGGUUCUUUAGGUAAGUUCAAGCCAUAUUUUGCUGCAAUUUUCCUGCAAGUUGGCCUUGCAGGAAUGGAUAUCUUAUCUAAGGCUGCUCUCAACCAAGGCAUGAGCAAUUAUGUACUCGUCGUCUACCGCCACGCCAUUGCCACCCUUGUUAUGGCUCCUUUUGCAGUCAUUCUCGAAAAGAAAGUGAGGCCUAAGAUGACCAUAUCAAUCUUCAUCAAAAUAAUGGUUCUCAGCUUACUGGAGCCAGUCAUUGACCAAAACUUGUAUUACGUGGGGAUGAAGUACACCACUGCAACCUUUGCAGCUGCCAUGUAUAAUAUUCUUCCUGCCAUUACCUUUCUAAUGGCUUGGAUUUUAAGGCUUGAGAAGGUGAACUUAAGAUCAAUCCGCAGCCACGCAAAGGUUUUCGGUACCCUUGCAACGGUUGCGGGAGCCAUGGUGAUGACACUGAUGAAAGGACCAGUGCUUGAGUUGUUUUGGACCACAGGAAGGAUUAAUAACCAUGAAGCAGCUGCCAAAAACAGGACGGAUUUCCACGACACCAUCAAAGGUGGUCUACUGAUCUCUGUUGGUUGCUUCAGCUAUGCUUGUUUCGUGAUUCUUCAAGUAAGUGAAGCAGUCACGUUGAAAACAUAUCCAGCUGAGCUUUCUCUCACGGUUUGGAUAUGCUUGAUGGGAACACUUGAAGCCACCGUAGCAGCUUUAGUAAUGGAAACGGGAAAAGCUUCUAUUUGGGCUAUUAAAUGGGACACCAAGUUACUUACAGCUGCAUACAGUGGUAUUGUAUGUUCAGGACUUGCUUACUACAUUCAAGGAGUGAUAAUGAAAGACAGAGGACCUGUUUUCGUUACAGCUUUUAGUCCACUUUGUAUGGUUAUUGUAGCUAUAAUGGCAUCUUUCAUUCUUGCAGAACAAAUGUUCUUGGGAAGGGUGAUUGGAGCUAUCAUCAUAAUUGUGGGUCUAUAUCUUGUGCUGUGGGGUAAAAGCAACGAAUACAAGUCUCAACAGCCAUUAAUGGAGCAGCAAAUAGAAGCAGCUAAAUUAGAUAUUGGUACUAACAACGAGAAUGGCAGUUUUGAUCAUCAGGCCAUCAUAAUUGAUGAAAAAUCACAAGAGAGAAGGGACUCAAUUGUGGUUUAGACUUUGACCAUUUUCUUCAAAUGGGAUUUGAUUCACAAAUAUGAUAUCCACUACUGUUUAAGAGAGAUGAAAGCAUUAACAAGUAGCAAUAAUGGGGUAGUGGUCUCUGAUUCAAGUGUAACUUCCUAUCAUCCAACGUAUAUAUAUGACUUUUCCAUUAUAAAAUGUUUUUGAUCAGUUGUCGGCCCUAAAGGAUGAUAUAUACAUGAUCAAGCAAUUGUAAUCAUUGAGCUUAAUGGAGUUCCUUUUCUUAAAACAAUAA